CAAUUGCUAAAUAUGACAUCAUUAAUCAAAUUCAAAGAAUGUAAAAAAUAAACUGGAAAAAUUAUUUACUCAUUUCAUGCAAGACCACAGAGCGUUGUAUAUAUAAAUAAAUCUUUAAAUCUAUAUGAUCUUUUCUUACGAAAUGCAUUUGGGAUCUGACUGACAAAUUGACAAUCGCCAUGCUCUUCUGAGACCAGAAGUUUGAGAAGUCGUUAUAUUCUUUAAAAUGAUGUCCCUUAAUCAAAUGUUAACUAGUUUAAUAAAAAACAAACGCAAUGCAUGUUGUUUAUGUUUCCAUAAAACGGACGUGCACAAUACUGAGGAACUUGUUUCUAUUAAAGAUCAAGUCAUCGUGAAUAUUAAUGGUAAAGAAGAAACCUUGAGUAUGUCAGAAAUUUUAAAUUCAGUUUUGGGAAUGAAGACUUGUGAUUUCGUCGCAUCAUUUGACGUUUUAUGUGACAAAUGUACCAGAUUAACUAUAAGCAGUUAUACGUUUAUGCACACAAGCCGAAAUAAUGCUGAUUUGAUGAUCAAAAUGCUCAAUACUGUAACGAAUAGUGUAGAAGCCACUACGGAAAAUCUGUACGGAAGCAAAACCCUAUAUUUAUCUUUGAAUCCUGAAGAUUUCACCAGCAACCAAUUUUACGAUUGCAGAAAAAUUAUGAAUUGUAAGGAAGCUUCUAGAAGAUUCUUAGAAAUUUUAAAUCCAACAAAACCAAUUAAAUCUGAGCAAAAAGAUAUUAUAAUUGAAAAAGAACAUAAACGUUCACCUAAUUUCGAUAUACCGUUAAGCAAAAUUUUAUUCGACGAAAACAACCCUGAUAUACUUAUGUGCAAGGAAUGUCUUAAGACAUAUGCGACAAUAUGUAAUCUAAGAAGUCAUUAUAUAAGAGUGCAUGCUCCAAAAAAGUACAAAUGUAUUGAGUGUCCGCGUAAGUAUGGCUCCAAGGCAUACUUGAACGUUCACAGAAGGGACAGUCAUUCUGUGUUUGUUUGUUCUGAAUGCGGUAAAACAUUCUAUAACGGUAAUACAUUCAAAGAACAUGAGUUGGGUCAUCAAACGAGCAUAGUAUGCCCGGAUUGCGGUAGGACGUAUAAAAAUAAAAGUACCUAUAAAAAGCACAAGGAAAACAAUGUAUGUGAGCAACAAUGCCGGGCUCAUCCGUCUCAAGCUAAAUUCACAUGUGAUUAUUGUGGCAAAAAAUAUACUCAAAAAAUGUCUUUACGUGUUCAUAUUCAAUAUGAGCAUGGUAAUUAUAAGUCACAUGUAUGCGAAUGGUGCGGUAAGAAAUAUUGGGCCCAGAGUAGACUGAAAGCGCAUAUAGUCAAGCAUACAAAAGAAAAAAAUUUUGGUUGUACCAUCUGUGGCGGGAAGUUUGUAUCAAAAGAGUCUUUAUUAUAUCACACACGAAUCCAUACUGGGGAAAAACCAUACAAAUGUAAGCAUUGUGAUGCAAGUUUUAUUUCGGCUUCUCGAAGAUCAGAACAUAUUAAACGUCAUCAUGUUGGGGUCGGUUUAGAGUGCAAUAUAAAAUUUACUUCCAAAACAUACAUGCUAAAACACAAGAAGAGUCAUGAAGAGAUAAAGAAUGAGAUCCAAGAACAGAAUAUGGGGCCCGAAGUCAAUAUUGGUAGUCCAAUUUGUAAUGAGGCAGCUGCAAUACCAACUGUUUCAUAUGAAGUUUACGAAGAUAAUAAUGAAACUGAAACUGAUAAUACUUAUUAUUUGCAAGUGUGUGAUGAUAGUCAAGAGUACAUAAUUAACUUCCCAAAGAAUGAAGUUUAAUAAUAAAUUGCAUUACAGCUUAGCUGUUUUCAUUGUUCGUGUAUUUUUCGCGGUAGGCAGCGACCUGGCUCUGUCCCUGGCAUUUCUGAAGUCCAUGGGCGACGGUAACCACUCACCAUCAGGUGGGCCGUAUGAUCGUCUGCCUACAAGGGCAAUAAAAAAAAAAGUUCGGGAUGGUGACCACACACUACAUCAAGAAAAGAGUUUAAAAAUAUAGAUAAAGUCACCGUGGUCUAAACGAUAAGAUGCCCAGAAUUUUCGUAACGCGCGAUGCGACGUUGGUUCGAAGUAGGUUGAUACUGUAAAAGGAGAGACUUAUAAAUCAUAUUCCAACAUGGACAGCGGUAUUAACGUGAUUGUCUAUGGGUGACCACUUAAUAGCAAGCAGGCCGUGAGUUCGCCCACCCAUAUUAGCAAAAAAACAUUUUAUUGCACAUAUUGUAUUGUGUUAGCUAAUAAUUAUUUAUUUUGUAGCAGAAUAAGUAUUGUGAAUAUAUAGUUAAGAGGAUAA